UAAAUGGAAAGACGAGCAACAAUAGCUCACAGUUGGAGUUCAACAACUCGAUCGAAAAUGUAUGCGUACAUCUGUUUUGUAAUGUGCUUCUUCGUCGGUAGCAGCAUAGCCGACUACCCGCAAAGAGAAGCGUCCUACUACUCCGCCCCAAACAACCCAUAUUCAGUGGGGGUCAACCAUAACUCAAUUCAGGAACCAUCUCAGCGACUUUUCUGGGGAAACACAGGCAGCAACCAAGUCGGAGGAACUGGACUAUGGGCUACAUUGACUAACAAGUUCCCGUUCCUGGGAAAUAUGUUCGGCCGCAUGGAACUACCUGCACAGUACGGUGUGCCCAGUCAGUACGACGUGUCUCAACAGUACGGAGUUCCAUCCAGGUUCCAGCCUCAAUACUACUCUGGCCAGCAGCAGUUCUAUCAGCAAGUACCUCAACAGUUCCCGCAACAAUUCCAUCAGCAAUUCCCUCAACAGUUUCCUCAGCAAAUCGGACAGCGAUUCGUGCCAUCAGCUCGCGACGUAGGAAUAACUGACGAUGCAGUGAUAGUGACACCUCCGUUUGUGCCACCAGUGCAGCCCCCACAGUUCCCAGCGCCAGCUCCUGCACCAGCGCCGGCACCUGUGCCAGUGCCUGCUCCCCAGCCCUCACCGGACCAGGGGUACACGUACGACAGGCCCCAGUACAGGUUGGAAUUGCCCCACAAAUAAACCGAUGCACUUUACUAACUGACUGACCGUAGACGCUAAGUAAAUUUAGUCAUUGCACUUUUUUGUUUAAUUUACUGUCUGUGUUUUCUUUUGGUAAAUAUUUCAUAUUUACCCAUGUGUGAAGAACAACGUGUACUUGCCAAAUAUUUUAAUUAUAAGUGCGACGCCUUGUCAGCUGCUUAAGUAAGAUCUUACAAACAAAACUUGGUUAAAGAUCAUUAAACUCGGUCCAGUUCAGUUUUACGGGUCAAAUCCAACAACUACGUACAAAACCAUGCUACUUUAGUAAUAUACCUCUACAGUUAGUAUUAAAAAAUGUGUCACAGAAAGACAUGGGUAGCGUAUCUUACAAGAUUUUUGGAAAUCACAAAUAAGAAGUGAGAUUGUCAAAAGACUUAUUCACAGUGUUAAGAGUUUUGGCCUUCCAUCCAAGCCAAACUCCAUUAGUAUUCAAUUGUUAAAUGUCCUCUCGAUCAAGUGUCUGAUUGAAUUUCUCUGUAACAAUUAUGUAAACAAUCUAGUUUAAGCGAAUCGACUACGGGUUUUAUAAUACUUCACUAUCAAUUGUAAUGUGCUCUCUGAAAAUCGAAUGACACGAAUUUUGUAAAUGCAAUAAAAUAAUUUAAAUGA